AUGGAGUAUUACGAGCUAUGCAAAUUAGACGAAACUGUACCUUCGAAAAAACAGAAUCCAUUUGCUCCUAAACUUCCAUUUAGACUAGAAGUUGCGGGCACCUCUGAGUCAGGAAAGACAAAGAUGGUAGUACAUCAGCUCCUAGGAAGUAAAUAUCCAAAAGUAUAUCCAUGGAUGUCUGGUGAAAAACGUGGUCAUAAAAUACCAAAAGACAAAAGCAAAAAUUUUGCCAUGGAUAAGCAAGCUCCAUGGUAUGAAAAUAUGAGAUUCAAGCUAAUCGCACCUGAAGAUCUACCUGAUAUUUCAUCUUUAAAAAGAACUGGCCGAUCUACUGUUAUAGUCUUUGAUGAUCUUGCCGGAAAACCUUUGGCAACUCAGCUAAAAAUUGUUCCUUUCUUUAGAUCAGGCAGACAUGAAGGAAUUAGCUCAAUUUAUAUUGCCCAGCAUUUCUAUGAAAUCCAUCAAAAUAUACGCAGAAAUUUUAAAUAUAUUUCAAUGCAUCGUGGAUGUGAAACAUUAGAUAGUAUAAAACGAAUUCUUAAAGAUAUGUAUGAUGAUUAUGAGCCUCUAGCAAAAAAAGUUUAUGAAGUGAUAAAAAAACAUUUCGUGGUUAUUGAUAUCCAAAGACCAUCUGAUGACCCCUUAUCAAUUAGAUUUAGAUGGGACAAACCUUUAAAGGAUUGGCAAAAUGAUUGA